AUGCAGCCCUUUCCACCGCGUCCUAUCCUCACAGAGCUCCGGGAGCGGAUCGUCCCCUCGGCGAAGCAUUUGCCGCUGGAGGAGCUGCUUUUGGCGCUGGAUCUGCACCUGGAGCAGAAGACAGCCCGAACCAUGAUUGAAUACGUCCUCCUUGCCGGAGAGAACGACAGCGAUGAGAAUGCCGCCCAGCUGGGGAAGCUGCUGGCGACCCGCGCGCGGAAGCUCAUGGUGAACCUCAUCCCGUACAACCCCACGGCGGCGGCCUUCCCGGGCGGCUUCUCCGCGCCCACGCACGAACGAGUGGAGCGCUUUCAGCAGAUCUUGGCGCACUUCGGCCUCAUGACCCGCGUGCGCCGGGAGAUGGGGCAGGACAUCGCAGGCGCCUGCGGACAGCAGCGUGGAGACGGACCCCGCCCGCAGCGAUCUUGA